AUGGCUAGUAAGGAAGGGGUCGAGGACAUUAGUAUGGAGGCUGGAGUUGACUACGUAGAUGAGGAUUCGCCCAAGGAUAGGUGUCGGCUUGUCUAUAUAAUAUUUUUUUUCAUCGGUAUUGGCUCGCUUCUACCGUGGAAUUUCUUUAUAACGGCUAAUCAAUAUUUUCAAUACCAACUUCGGAAUCAAAGUCUGCCGAGUGAUGUUGAUCCGCUUCUUCCGAUGUAUAGAACACCAUUACAGACUGUUUUCUCGAGUUACCUAACGAUUGCUUCCAUUGUACCGGCAACAUUGGCGAACUUCGCUAAUCUCAUGCUAAAAGAUUGGUUUGUCUACUAUGCUGUCUUUAUUGUAAAGCCUUCCUGUGUAUACUCGCUUGAUUGGAUCCGCUGUAGUCAUGCUCGUUAUAUUCACUAUCACAACCGCUCUUACAAAAAUACGAGUGCUUUCUUCGUUACUACUCUGGUGACUGUCAUGAUAAACAACGUCGGGAGUUCCAUUAACCAAGGGAGCACUUACGGUAUUCUCUCUGUGCUUCCGGGAAGUAACGUUCGAGGCUUCCUCGAAGGCCAGGCUGUGGCGGGUAUUAUCGCCUCUGCAUCCAACUUAAUAACUAUAGCAGCUGCAAGCAAUCCACGAGAUGUAGGCUUCGCCUACUUCCUGAUUGCCGUCUGCAUUAUCGCCUUAACUAUCAGUUUAUUUAUUGCCCUCUUCAAAAAUCCUUACUUCCUUUACUACUGGAGGAAUAAAGGUAAACAUUGGGAUUAUCAAGGUUCAACUACACUGCGCAGUGCUACCGCCACGGACGACAAUAUGCCUUUUGGCGAAAAGUUGAAAAAGACUGUGGUCAACCUCUGUCAUGCAAUGUUGGAGGUCAAAUGGCCUGGUUUCACCAUCCUCCUCAUAUUUGCUGUCACCUUAGCCGUCUUCCCCAGUGUCUUCAUUUUGAUCGUUCCCAACAACUUUGAUGAAAGUAGUGCAUGGCACAGUAAGUCUCUGGAGGACUAUUUACCGUUUGACACAUUCACUCGAGUUCUUAGGACAUUUCUUUUUGUAGCUAAAUACUUUCAUGGAGUGAUUGUCUUCUUGAGUUUCAACAUUUGCGACUAUCUGGGCCGUAUGGCAGUCGGUUGGUUUAAGUGGCCUCCUUUUGAGCAGCGAAAGGUCUUCCUUGCCUUGGCCAUUGUUAGGGCCAUACUUGUCCCCUUGGCGAUGCUGUGCAACAUUCCUUCUCAACACAUCCCCACUGUCUUCUACCACGACUCAAUCCCCAUAAUUCUGGUCAUCUUGCUGGGCUUAACGAAUGGAUACUUCGUCGCCUUGGCUGUCAGUUAUGCACCAAGAUAUGCCUCGGCGGGCAACGAGGAAGGGUGUGGCAUUGCAACCUCCACUUACAUCGCUCUUGGUUUGUGUCUCGGAGUCACUCUCUCCUAUGGAAUGGUGGCUCUUGUCUAG